GCCCGGUGCGAGCCCGCGGGGAGCGGCCGCUCCUCCGUUCCCGCGAAGCCGGGCCCGGCGUGUCCCUCGGCGGCGGCCGUAGCGGCCGGGAGCGUUGCCAUGGAGCCGGCCCUCGGUACCGGGCGGCGGGCCAUGGCGCUGCGGCGGGCGGCGUGGGGCCGGGCCCGCGCCCCGGAGCGGUGGGCUGCCGAGCGGCGGCGGGAGCUGGAGGCGCGCAGCCGGCAGCAGUGGGAGCGGGCCAGUCGCUCCUUCGCCGAGGCCGCCAUUUGCUGCUCCAGGCAGGCGCGGUGGAGCACACCGGGCGCCCUCCCGCCCCGCACGGCGGCGGCGCGGCGGGAGGCAGAGGAGGCGGCGGCGGCCCGGCUGGAGGAGCGACGGUCGCGGCUCCGGCGGCUGCUCGGCGAGGAGCGGGAGGCGCUGGCGGCGGAGCUGCGGCGGGUCCGCGGGGCGGAGGCCGUCGGGACGCGGCAGCGGAGCGAGGAGCUGCGAGCCAGCCGGGAGGAGCGGAGGAGGCAGGUUGCUGAGCGGCUGCUGUGUGAGCACUGGAAGAAAAACAAUGCUGAGCUUCGGGAGGUGGAGUCAGAGCUGCACAGGAAGCACGCAGUAGAGGCUUGGGGUGAUCAGCUAAUGCAAAAAGCCAAGCAAGAAGCAACUGAACUUGAAGAGAGAAAACAUCAUGAAAAUGAAUAUGAAAUUGCACAAAGGGAAGCGCUGGAAAGAAUGAGACAAGAGGAAGAGAAGCGUCAGCUGGAAGAGAAGGAACAAGCAGAGACAUUGCUUCAACAAAUAGAAGAACUGAAAUUACAGGAGACUAAGGCAACAAAGCUGAAAAAAGAACAAGAAAAUUUAUUAAAGCAGCAGUGGGAGCUGGAGAACUUGGAAGAAGAAAGGAAACAAAUGGAAGAGCACCGGAAGAAGAAGGAACUUGGUCGCUUUUUGAGGCAUCAGUGCAAUGCCCAGCUAAGGAGACGAGCCCAGCAGAUACAAGAGGAACUGGAGAUAGACAGGCAAAUCUUAUUAGCCCUCCUUGCAAAAGAUGAGGAUCAGCGCCGCCAGUCUGCACGACAAGAACGAGCUGUUGCAGACGUUGCCUGGAUGAAACGUGUCAUUGAGGAACAGCUCCAGUUAGAAAAGGAGAGGGAGGCAGAGCUGCAGACUAUUUUUAGAGAAGAAGCUAGAAAAAUGUGGGAGAAGAGGGAAGAGGAGUGGGAAAGAGAGAAGGCGGCCAGGGAUCGCCUGAUGAAUGAGGUCCUUGCAAGCAGGCAGCGCCAGAUCCAAGAGAAGAUGGAGUUAAACAGGCAAGCCCAAGAAGAGUCUAUAAAGUAUCGAGAGCAGCUGAUUAAAGAACUCGAAGAGGCGAAAGAGCGGGCUAGGCAAGAGAAGGAGCAGGAGGAGGAACUGAGGACGGCCCGCAGGCAGGAGCUGGAGGCGCAGCUGACAGAGCGCCACUUGCUAGAACAGGAGGAGCAGCAGUGCCAGAGGGAGGAGGAGGAAGAGGAGAGAUCAGCGCGGCAGCGCUGCCAGGAGCUGGUGCGGCAGGAGACCAGGCGCGUGGCCGAGCAGGGGUAUCGCAGCAGGCUCCACAGUUACCCGAAAGCAGCGUGGACCUGAAGGCUCUUUGCACCCGAGGAACGAGCACUAAAUGCAGUUGCAGACUACAGAAAGAGAACUCUGAAGGAACCCCUGAAAUAAGGGUGGCUCUGGCAGCCUACAGUGACACUGAGACUCGGCGCAGUAGACUUCUGAAAAUACUUAGCUGCAGCCCAGCUGAACGCGAGCAAAUUCCUACCGGCUUCCAGAAGGCGGAGGCACAGGUGCCCUUGGCGGACUGAACUGCUUCACUUUCUCCGUGCUUCGGAGUUGUGAUGAUGCAUUUUAGCAUGUGCGACACUGGGGCAAGACAGCAAAUAAACAGGCCCUUUCGAUCCGAACUGUCACAGACUCUGUCCUGCCCUGGAACGGGGACCGUAACCCAUGCCAUGCCAGGCUCCCGCCGCCGAGAAGCAGGACCUGCCUCUAGGCCCAGCUGGCUUUUCGGAGUUAAUUCUUAACACAUUGCAAAGCCAUAAGAUAACGUGUGCUGUGGCAGUAACUGUUAACAUGCCCAGUUCCUCUCCAGGAGGUACUGAAGACUUCAUUCAUUGAACUCAUUUCAUAAAAUAAUGAAUAACAGCAA